UCUAAGAUAUUACUAUCUAUCUUUAGCUCGUAAGACUUAUGGAAACUCUCAACGUUGAUCAUGAAGAUACUAUCUCCUCAGAACAAGAACAUCAAACACAUACCACAUCCGACACCGACAUGCCUCCGAUCUCCGGUGAUAGAGACUUCCUCCGGCAGUUUGCGGCCGAGUCAAAGAAGCUGUGGUGGCUCGCGGGUCCUGCGAUAUUCACAUCUUUCUGCCAAUUCGCCGUCACUCAGAUCCUCGCCGGACACGUCAACACGCUGGCUCUAGCUGCCGUCUCCAUACAGAACUCCGUCAUCCCCGGCUUCUCUGUCGGCCUUAUGGUAAUAAUUAAACUUCAUUACGUAAAUAUAACUUUUACGCAUAUAUAUCUAAGACAUGAAUCAGUAACGUUACAAAACUUUUAGUUAUCCACCCUUUGGCUGAUUCCUCAGCUCUUUGCUUACGCUGUCAACUACUUCGCCACCGCCAAGUUCUUGCAGGCACAAAGCAAGGUGAUUGCAAUGGCGGUUAUAGCAGUGACCGUGCUGUUACAGCACACUCUGUUGAGUUGGUUUCUGAUGCUGAAACUCGGAUGGGGAAUGGCCGGAGGAGCUGUUGUAUUGAAUGUGUCGUGGUGGUUAAUAGAUGUUGCUCAAAUAGUAUAUAUUUGUGGUGGUUCUUGUGGCAGAGCUUGGUCAGGGCUCUCAUGGAAGGCUUUCAAGAAUAUUCUCAGAGGCUUUGCAAGAUUGUCUCUUGCCUCUGCAGUCAUGGUUUGCCCAGAGGUUUGGUAUUUGAAGGCGUUGAUUCUGUUUGCGGGUUACCUCAAGAACCCUCAAGUCUCUGUGGCUGCUCUUUCCAUUUGCAUGAACAAAUUGGGAUGGCCGAUCAUGGUGGCCUUUGGCUUCAAUGCAGCUGUGAGUGUAAGAGUGUCAAACGAGCUUGGAGCUGAACACCCAAGAAGGGCGAAAUUCUUGUUGAUAGUGGCAAUGAUAACUUCUGUAUCAAUUGGAGCUAUGAUAUCAAUGACUCUCAUCGUGGUACGAGACAAGUAUCCAGAAAUUUUCUCUGAUGAUGAAGAAGUGAGAGGACACGUGAAGCAGCUGAUUCCAAAGCUGGCUCUCACAAUCGUCAUCAACAACAUUCAGCCUGUUCUUUCUGGUGUCGCAGUUGGAGCUGGAUGGCAAGGGAUCGUUGCUUAUGUGAACGUUGGGUGUUACUAUUUAUGUGGUAUAACUACUGGUCUAGUGCUCGGCUACAAGAUGGAACUUGGAGUAAAGGGGAUAUGGACAGGAAUGCUAACAGCAUGUGUUCUACUUUUGAUAAUCUAUAGAACCAACUGGAACAGAGAGGCUUCAUUAGCAGAAGCUAGAAUAAGGAAAUGGAGGGGCCAAACAGAUAUAGGAGAAGAGAUUGAAGAGAUCAAAUGUGAAGAAGAUGACACUAUUCAAAAUGGUGAAUACAAUCAAAGGCUGAACAAGUCAUUGCAAAUUCAUAAUAAACAAAAUGGCCUACACCAAAACAAUCAUGCCAGAAGAACACAGUGAUUCCCAAAAUUGAUCAAUCUAAGACAUUGUUGUAAAAUGCUCUUAUAUGAAAUAAGAGGCAAUGAACAUGAAGAACAUGACACAAUUGUAAAUGCAGAGAUGAAUCAAAUCAACAAAUCAUAGAAACCAAUCAAAAUUUCCCAAUAA